AAGCCAAAAACGUCCGCUUUCAAACCGCCAAUCAAAUUCUUCCUUGGCUUCGAGGCUCUCAGCCAGCCGCGCUCUCCGAUGCCCCGCCCUCCCGGAACCACCUCGCCUGUGACGUAGGUGGCGCGCGCACUGCCUCGGGCCCGUCUUUCUCGUCCGGGACCGGCGAACGUUGUCGCUCAUCCUAUGACGCGAAAGUAACCAAGACUAUCAGGAUCGGGAGACGGAAAGGGCUGAAGGCCGCAGUACUUGACCCUGUAUUUUGGGAGUUGAACGGAGAAUGGAAACUGAAAGUGGAAAUCAAAAAAAGGUAAUGGAAGAAGAAAGCACUGAAAAGAAAAAAGAAGUUGAAAAAAAGAAACGGUCACGAGUUAAACAGGUGCUUGCAGAUAUUGCUAAGCAAGUGGACUUCUGGUUUGGGGAUGCAAAUCUUCACAAGGAUAGAUUUCUUCGAGAACAGAUAGAAAAAUCUAGAGAUGGAUAUGUUGAUAUAUCACUACUUGUGUCUUUUAACAAAAUGAAAAAAUUGACUACUGAUGGGAAGUUAAUUGCCAGAGCAUUAAGAAGUUCAGCUGUUGUAGAGCUUGAUUUGGAAGGCACCAGAAUCAGGAGGAAAAAACCUCUGGGGGAAAGACCGAAAGAUGAGGAUGAGCGCACGGUGUAUGUGGAGUUACUUCCCAAAAAUGUUAAUCACAGCUGGAUUGAAAGAGUCUUUGGGAAAUGUGGCAAUGUUGUUUAUAUAAGUAUACCACAUUAUAAGUCUACUGGAGAUCCAAAGGGAUUUGCGUUUGUGGAAUUUGAAACAAAAGAACAAGCAGCAAAGGCAAUUGAGUUUCUUAACAAUCCACCAGAAGAAGCACCAAGAAAACCUGGCAUAUUUCCUAAAACAGUGAAAAAUAAGCCCAUUCCAGCCUUAAGAGGUGUGGAAGAGAAGAAAAAGAAAAAGAAGAAGAAGGGCCGAAUGAAAAAGGAAGACAAUGUCCAAGCCAAAGAGGAAAAUAUGGACACAAGCAACACCAGCAUCAGUAAAAUGAAAAGAUCCAGACCCACAUCUGAGGGCUCUGACAUUGAGUCUACUGAACCCCAAAAACAGUCCUCAAAGAAAAAGAAAAAGCGGGACAGAGUUGAAGCAUCGAGCUUACCUGAAGUCAGAACAGGCAAGAGGAAGAGAAGCAGCUCUGAAGAUGCAGAGUCCCUGGGUCCCCGAUCAAAAGUAAAGAAAAUUACUCAGAAAGACAUCAUUAAGGAACCUUCAGAAGCUUCCAAGGAAAAUAGAGAUAUAGAAAUCUCUACUGAAGAGGAGAAGGAUACUGGAGAUUUAAAAGAUAGCUCUCUCUUAAAAACAAAAAGGAAACAUAAGAAAAAACAUAAAGAGAGACAUAAAAUGGGAGAAGAAGUUAUACCAUUAAGAGUACUAUCAAAGAGCGAAUGGAUGGAUUUGAAAAAAGAGUAUUUAGCGUUACAAAAAGCUAGCAUGGCUUCUUUAAAAAAAACAAUAUCCCAAAUAAAAUCAGAGUCAGAAAUGGAAACAGAUGGUGGAGUACCUCAAAAGACUGGAAUGAAAAAUGAAAAAACCAACAGUGAAGAAUGUCCCACCCAGGAGAAAGUUAAUGCAACAGGACCACAGUUCGUGAGUGGAGUGAUUGUGAAGAUCAUUAGCACAGAGCCUCUACCUGGCAGGAAACAAGUCCGGGAUACUUUGGCAGCAAUCUCAGAAGUUCUUUAUGUUGAUUUGCUAGAAGGGGAUACAGAAUGCCAUGCUAGAUUUAAAACUCCUGAGGAUGCUCAAGCAGUAAUAAAUGCAUAUACAGAAAUUAACAAGAAACACUGCUGGAAACUCGAGAUCCUUUCUGGUGAUCACGAACAAAGGUAUUGGCAGAAGAUUUUGGUUGAUAGACAGGCAAAACUUAAUCAGCCUCGGGAAAAGAAAAGAGGUACUGAAAAGUUAAUCACCAAAGCCGAAAAGAUUAGACUGGCAAAGACUCAACAAGCAAGUAAACACAUAAGAUUUUCUGAAUAUGAUUGAAAAAAAAAAAACAGUUCAUCUCUUAAUACUUCACAAAAUACUUGAGCUGUUCUUGGGAUAUUCACUUUUAUUAUGGUAGCACUGCAUAAUGAAUGUGUUUUUAAUUAAAAGAAAUAUCUUUGUUCCUCAACUUUGUAAAUAAGACUUUUUUUCUAGAGACAAAUACGAUGUAUACCACAAUUUUUUCUUAAAACAUUUUAUUUGUUGAAAUUAUCUCAGAUGUUGAUGUCAGGUGAUUUAGUAAAUAAAUGUGUUUUGAACAUUA